GACGCGGUGUAAUAAUGUAAAAUAACCGCGACCCGAUUGUAGUGCAUUGUCAUGCGACCGGCUCCUAAGUUCAUUGAUUUGAGAGUCGUAGUGACAACAGCUGUAGCGACUCGAUAAGCGAGCUGCGUUGUGUUUGUUUUGAAAUUGUGUGUAGCACAAUGCACACAUGGUGACGCGAGUGCAACCGGCAACGACGACGACGGCGACGUUAUAUCGAUUGCGAUCGCGAGAGCUGGUUCGUGUCAUAAAAAAAAGAAAAGAAAGAAGAGCAAAUGGUUCAUAUUAUAAUGUACACAGUGGUGUCAGUCUUAUAAACUUGAAUACGGACGAUACUUUACCUCGAGAAAAAAGAUAAGUCAGCCGCACACGCGAGUCAGACGUCGACGGCCGUCGAUGAAAAAAAUCAAUAUAUAGACCACGGGGCCACGGCGGUGGUAAACAAGAAAAGCACAUUAACGAUCAGCACCGCAUCGCGGGUGUAGUGUAUGUAUUGUGUAUGCGCGCGUGUGUUCGUUACCAUAAAUAUACACAUAAAAUAGUCGGCCGCAACAACUAAACAGCUGCUGCUGCUCGCCGCCUAUUUUCCGCCGCUCGAGAGGAGGGAUCUCUCUCGCUUCACUCUUGACCUUUGAGCGCGAAAUGCUAAUCUAACAAAGGGGGUGUGUGUUGUGCGCGAGCGUGCAGGUGCCAGCAGAAGCGAUUUUACGGCCGCAACAGCACACCGCGCUAUUACAGCCGAAGGAUCGCGAGAAGUAUGCCAUGCAAGAAAAAAGUCGCCGCCACGAUCGCAGAUCGACAAAGCUAAAGGGAGGAGGAGAAGCUGGUGGUGGUGGUGGCCCCGGCAGCAGCCGAGGAGAGUCACAUCGACCCGGGAGAAUGACGAUAGCUCAGCACGAGGCCGAGGACAGAUCGGCCGGCUCGAGCUGGGGCCAGCAGACGACCGAGCGUGGCUCCUGGUCCCAGGACGACAUCGAGGUGGGGGCGAGCUCGCGUCGCAUACAGCAGCACUGGCUGCUGGUCGAGCGCAGCCUCUACGGGGAGGAGGACCAGCUGCCCCGGGGCCCGCUGCUCGACGAGUGCCUGCAGUGGCGCGAACAGCUGCCGCAUCUGCGCGUCGUCGGCUUCGGCGACGGCCGAUCGCCACCGGUACCAGCGGAAAGACCAGCGGAAGAUCGAUCGCCCGAGAGACAGGACGAUUUCAACGGAUUGAUGGGAAUGCUGCCGCCCGCCGAGAACUUUUACCCCGACGGAGAGUCGAGAUAUCAAGGCUCCGAUCAUUUUUCUCAAGAAGCGAGCAAUCAUUCGACAUCGGCGGCGAGGCCCGUAAAUCGACGACAAGCGAAGGAGGAGGUGCUCGAUCACCUGGUCGACUUCGUGUGCAAGGAGCUGGCCGAGAUCGAGGAAGAGAAACGUCUGGAGGCGCAGGAGGAGGCGGCCCGCUGCGCCCAAGAGCUCGACGAGUUCUUGACCAUCAGCCCGGCGCCCAAGUCCAGCGACAAGGUGCCGCUGGUCGGCAACAAUUAUCACUACAGCGCUGCCGAGCGAACGACAUCGUCGACCACGAAAUUGCCGCCAACCAACGGCAGUCCUCCUCCUCCUCCGAGCAGCAGCCGUAACAAGCUUGGCACCGUGUUCAACGAGAAGAUCAUCGUAAGCCCGGUGCCGUACGUCGCGACCACGAGGCAGAGCUUCAGCACGCUGCGUCGCACCCCCAUACAGUUCCUCGCCGCCGAGCAGCAGGAUUAUUACUGCGGCAGCAAUUUGCUCGAGAUAUCUGCCUCGAAGCGAGGAGUAGGAGGAAACAACACCGGUGGCAGGCCAUCGUUAUCCGUGACGAGGAAGACGCCCUUGUUACAGUUGCCGCGCGGCCAGCAGUCUUCCUGGUUGUCGCCACCGGUCUGCCCAACCGUCUGGCCGGAUAACAUCAAGCUCUCGCCCAUCGACACGACGAGAUUGCCCAGCAGCAAGAGCAGGUCGAUGGGCAAGCCAAACGAUCAGAACCAAUCUACCGCUGCGUCAGCUCGUCGCCAUCGUAACUGCUUGAGCCCGAUGGACCGUUCCGCGACUCACCAGCCGAGCUCCUUGUCGCCGCCACCGUCGCGCGCCUGCAGCUGCCGAAACAAUCGACUCGACGGCCUGGAGAUACGUGGCUCGCACAUCGUUCGCUCGGCCCGACGAGAAACCACGACGGCGACGACGCCUACGUCGACCAAAAUCAAGCUGGCCCGGCUGAAACCUACCCUCGAGAGCCAAUGAGUUUGAGCGUGCCGCGACGGCCUCGACUUUGGCCUUAACUCGAAAGUUCAACGAUUUUCUUCACGUGCCUUAUAUACUAUAUAUUAUAUAUUAUGUAUAAAAUACAUGUACAUUCCUUGCCUGACUGAACCCGUUAUCUUAAGCGCGUUUAUUUCGAGCAUCGCCCACGAACUAGACCUUCGCACUCGUUCGAGCUAGUAUUUCUCAUUUUUAUCCAUCGUUGUAUCUAAUCUCGUGUACUUAUUCAUUCGAUUCGCACCGUACGAGAACGAAAAUCUGUUCUAUCCUUGUGCGUUUAAUCAUUCUCUAAUACUUUGCAGCUCGCGUAAUAAUCGGUCUAUUCUCGCGUAAUUAUAAUUUUUUUUCUCUCCUAUAAAGACUCCAUGUUACGAAGCAAAUGACGAGGAUCGAGCGCGUGUAUACGAUGCAGUCGCGCGGGGGACGCGCCAGACACGUGACGAGCGAGUGUGGGUGGAUCGUAAACUUGUGGCAUUCGCGUAUAUAUUACGAGCGCACGAACAUGUGACGUUAAAUGAAAUUUCUUAAAGGAGAUAAGUAUCCUCGGCUCAUGAGUACGUUUCUGGACGGUUUCCGUUUAAAAGACCUAUAACGUACGUAAUACAUAUGAACUUAUAUAUGUGUGUAUGUAAAUUCGAGCCCUGCGCUAUCUCGCGCUGCGAUCGGGCGACAUGCAAACACGUGAAGUUUGUGCCCGUGAAUCUCAUGAAUAUGUGUGUAUAGUCUGAGUGAGUGUGUGUGUGUGUGAGUGUGUGUGCGUGUUUCAU